ACUUGGAGGCUGGAUAUUUUUACUCUUUCCGAGCCCACAUAUAAGAGAGUGGCCCCACCUUGUUUCGUCUGGCUCGUUGAAAGGAUACAGGCAUCAGCAUCGAGAGAUGUCCCCAAAGAAAGCGAAGAAGAAGUUGGAGGGAGGAAGCUCAAAUGUCUUCUCCAUGUUUGACCAAACUCAGAUUCAAGAGCUCAAAGAGGCUUUCACCAUCAUGGAUCAGAACCGAGAUGGCUUCAUCAAUAAAGAGGACCUGAGAGACACCUUUGCUGCUCUGGGCCGUGCUGCCAAAAGUGAGGAGUUGGAUGCAAUGCUGGCGGAGGCACCGGGGCCAAUAAACUUCACUGUCUUUCUCACCAUGUUCGGCGAGAAGAUGAAAGGUGCUGACCCAGAAGAAACGAUUCUGAACGCUUUCAAGAUUUUUGACCCAGAAGCCAAGGGACAUAUCAAAGCAGAUUAG